UUGCCAUUAACGAAUCGUAAAGUUGAAUGAAAUGAUUAUUGUUUUUAUUGUGCCAGUAACGUUUGGCAGUAGAAAUGGUAAUAUUGAUACAUGGUUAAAUACGAUCUUUGAUGUAUUCACGUUUUCCUUGUUCAUUUGCACAACCUGGUUGUUACAACAGUUCCAGUGCCUAUGACUGACGACGUUAGCGUCAACAGCAGUCGUCUACGGCUGUUUCCUACAAAUGACAGCAUAUUACCCUCUUGUUUUCUAGUAGUAGUUGCUAUACCUGAUGCUCAUCAUAAUAUGGCACUUACAAACGCUUGAUUGUCGCUUCAACACCGCUGAACUGCUGCGGUGCCUAAGCGACGCUCUUGCUGCUGCUACAGUUGCUAGCUGCGUCCUUGAGAGGAAAUCCUUCCGAAAACCUUCACCGCUGUUUGGUCUAAAGACGAAGUGCGCACCCAAUGGACGACCGUACGCUGGACAGAUACACGGAUGGAUGGAUGGAUGGAUGGAUGGAUGGGCACACAGAAGCGGCCACACAAACGCGUGCAGUUACCGCACCGACGAUCAACGACAGGCAUCGACACGCUUCAAUCGCACGAUUACAGCUUUGCCUCCCCAGCAACGCUGCGAUUGCUUACAGAACAGAGUCAGGCGAAAUGAACCCAUAAGACUGGAUGAAUAUGCGCAGAAAGGAAAGGAAUUAGAAGCUGAUAACUAUCAUCUACUACUACUGCUAACUACUAAUAAUUCACAGAAUGAAAGUUGGUAGUGCUCGUUGGAGAAAGUGCCUUAUUUUUUGAGUUGCACUUCCGGCUUCAGAUCACACCGGCGUCAACGUCAUGACUCGACUGUCGUUCUUCGAACCUUUUUUUUGGCCUAUUAGAUUCAGUUGCGUAGGACGAAAAAGCUCCGCUGAAUUUCGUGUCGGAUGCGUAUAUUAGUAUGUAUGUUGAGACUGUCUAAUGUUGAGGGUUAACUCGUGUAUUUAAUAUUAGCGUUAAUUCCCUUGAUCCUGUCGUUAGACCAACAACAACUGGCAGGAUCCCCAUAUGUUUACGCUGCCACACGCAAACUGCAUGAAGCAGCUCAACGGAGACCGCGCCAAAUACAGAGCUACGACUAACGUAGCCGCUUCUGUCAUCUGUCCUUGUGCUUCUUCCACCGCGAUCCACCAAACUAUCUCUUUUUCAUAUUUCGCGAUGUCUCUAACGAAAGCUUGCGGGACAACAGGCAAAAUAUUCAAGAAUUUUCUGUCUCCCGCAAUUUUCCUGUACUAGUCCUGUCCUCUCAUGGUGUGGUAACUCGCAGUAUCUGUGACGUAGGCUAGUAGUGUGACCGAGUCGUUUCUGUUGUUGCUGUAGGCAGUGCAAUGCGAACGCGGCGAAAGGACGCGGGCAAAGGCAGCUGAGCGAGCCAGCAUGAACGAAGCAAAAACUGAAGAAAUGUAACAGUAACAACAACAGCAGCAGCGCUUAAAUCGAUGGUCAGAGCGGCGUCGCAUAAUAGAAGCGGCAGCAUCAACGACAGAGCUAGCUACGUGCGGCUGUAGAAGCGGUGGCGAUGCGCCGUUGCCAGUGCUGCUGCUCCGGCCGAAUUCUUCCGGCGAAAAAAUAGGGUCAAGUUGGCUGGCUAAUUGGCUGGCUACUGCGUGGCCUGUGGUGGUUGCGAUGUUGUGACGCCGCUGUGGCCGGUGAUCCUAUUGAUGACAGUGAUGCUUCGUGGGUAACACAGCUGCCUCCGGUUGCUGGUGCUGUAGUUACAAAAUAGUAACGGCUAUGGAAGCGGUAGUAGUACUAGUAGUAGCAGUAGUCGUCGUUGAAGAGCAGGCAAAUUAGUCGAGUUACGUGUACGGCGUAUAGUGAGUGUAGUAUGGUCCGACGCCACAGCCGAAAUUGCGCAUGCGCGGAGAAUCUGGCACACUAACACCACCAGUGACAACAACAGCAGCAGCAGCAGCGGUUGCAAAAGCCGUAACAGCGUGUUACUCGCUUCUAAUGUUCUAAGUCUGACUUUAACUGCUGGUUCUGGCGCUGCAGUCGGUACUUUUUUUUUUCUUCAUUAGGUUACUCGUCUGACUUCGACUUUGUUCGGCUACACAGUGCUCUGCCGAUAGUGAAGCAACGCCGCGAACCAAGUGCCAUUGCGAUCGGUCUCUCGCUGCUGCCGAUAGUUGUUCGUACGAUAAAGAGAGCAAAAAGAGAGAAACUGAAUGCUACGCUGUUCUUUCACGCUGUCGUAGCUUAUAGCGAAAUAAGUGAGCCUGUAGUGGCGAGAAAGCUGGUGCGAUCCAUAGGCCAAGUCAACUGUGAGGCAGCUUCGUCAGCGCGAUCGUGCGCGCACCUCCACGCAACACUUCGCUGACUCGAAGCGUUCGAGCUACAGCUGCUCAGUAGAGAACCGCGAGUAACAGCAGAAUUGACUACUGUUCCAGCCGUUUAGUUACGUGAUUACGUGUCUGUUCUCAUCCAAUAACCGCGUCGCUGGAGCGUUGACUUGUUGUUACUGGGCGAAUCAGCCGGUCGGUCAACUCGUUGGCUGAUUGAUACGCGCUUAACGCAAUUACAAGGAAAAGGAUAAGAAGGACUCUGGAGAAACAGCCACGAACAACUCCUGCUGUUGGCGCCCCUGAUUCUCCGAUCUGCAGGGCUCUUUUCGCCUUGGCUACCUCUACGCGCGGCUGACUAUGGAUUGGAUCCUUCAACGGCGGCACCAGCAGCGUUCUUGAUCCGCAUUGAUUCACCAUCGACGCACACUUCGCCGCCCGGAUCUGCGAUAGCCGGGCCGGAAUACAUCGGUUCCGGCCUGGCAUUUCAUCUACUUUACAGUCUGUUCUGCGCCAGCAACUAGUGACACUGUUGCUGACGUUGCGAUUUUGGCUGCAAAAUAUAACAUAGGUACUGGCAGACGCAACGAAACACACACGCAAUCGUAGCCCAAAGCCUAGCUCGUGCCAAUGGGGACGAAAAAAAGCCCACAUUCCUUCUCAUCUUUAGUUAAGUACAAUCGCCGUUUAUUCUAUGUCUAUAUAUCAGAAGGAGAAAGACUGUCAUAUGUAGUGGAUUGGACUUGACCAGAGCUUUGAAUAUAACAGGGUCGUCUGUUAUGUAUAAUCAAGACUAAACACCGUUGUAGUGAACAGGUGAUACGAACAAAAUGAGGUAAUUUUUCUGUUACUGAAAGGGCCCACCUCAAACUAAGUCGUAAUGAUUUAUCGGUGAUGAUAUGGAGUAGUUCGCUUCAGCUUACCAUGGUCGAAUAUCCAAUGGAAGGAGAAGCAGUGAAAAUCGAACUUAAAAGAAUGUUCGUUUGCCAAAGAACAUUGCCAUCUAGAUUGUAGCCGGAAGACGUAGCUUAUCUAGCAGACACUUACUCACUGGGAAUUGCGUCACCAUCGCCUUCAGACAGCCCCGAGUGGAGCCGUUGCUGCUGGUGGGUUUGGUAACGGCAGAGGCGUCGGGGGCCCUCUGGUUCCCCUUUCCUUCUGUCUGUCGGUCUAACUGGUGCUAGUGAUGACCCAUAUCCGUGAACCGGAUGAUGCAAAGAAAGACGAAUAAACCGUAGAUGCUGCUGGGAGUCAAAACACUUGCUACAUCUUGUGUAUAAGUGUGAGCUGUCACAUUCGUAUAUAAUAGAUUCACAGAACAUCUAUACAUAUAAAUAGCUGCAAGUUCAGUUAUGAAAGUAUUACUGCUCUAGAUUUUUCGUGUCGCUUGACCCACUCGAGGAAUGAUUAAACGUGUACCGUCGACAUGACGAAUCAUCUUGUGGGAGAACGAUAUUUUCUUCUCCAUCUACGAGAGUUAAUUGUGGCAAUAUGAAUUAAAAGUGCUUGAACUGUUACGGGAUACAGUUGCUGCUCAUUGCAUAAUAGAGCGCAUAUCAAUAAAACGAUGGUAGGAUGGAUUUCAAGCCAUUGCCGGGCGAGAAAACUGUGCAAGUGGGCGGGGAGCAACUUUACGCGCGCCAAUUUGAACGUGGCUCGUUGCUUUGUUUCGCUGCUGGCGGUAAGUCCCUAAGCCCGGGGCCGGAAUACCUACCUUGUUAUUGACGUUUUUAUUGUUAUCGUUUUGGAUUGUACAGUCUUGGAGAUGACGCACAUCCUCAGGGCGAAACGCUAUGCGAGAUGAAAGCCGACAAUCAAUCUUAGCAUGGCAUUGUCGACGUCAGCGUUCCGUUAUCUCCUGUAGCGCAUGCGUACAUAAUAGCAAUCUUGAUAGAUUCAUCAAAAGUCAGAUAUACGUUCUUCUGCUUGCGCAAAGCAAGCAAACAGAUCUUUCCGCUGCGGCCUGAGGGUAACAUAAUCGUCCACUAACUGAGCACUCCCACAGUCGCAUGUGGCAGCAUACAACACGUUUUCAGCAACUACGCGGAGCAACGAUAGGCCAACGGCAUCGAUAAAACAAAUUUCGCUGAAUAGCAAUAGCAGCAUUCGUAAGAACAGUAUAAACGGCGGCAACGAUUACGAUCAUAAUGUGUAGUAUAUAUGAAAUCUACACAUAACUGAAAAAAAGAAACCAAAAUCGCUCGGCACGCCACAUGUUGCCUUGAAGAAAAGCCCUUUUCGCUGUUAGAACAACAAUUGUACAUGUAUAUGAUAUAUUCCAGACGUGCGUAGGUAGACAUUAAUGCGACAGUGAAUUGGCAACUACAUAAGUUAGAACGCAAUGACAACUCGAAUACGAGUAAUGUGACAUGAUAAUGCUACGAAGAUCUUUGCAGGCCUCCCUCUAAUACAAACAGCAAUAUUGUCGCAGUGGUGUAACAGAUAUUGCGGGUGGUAAGUUAGAAAUAGAAGUCAUAAACACGUUUAGACAAACACGGCAUAUAUAACGUCAGGAAGCAUUUGAUGCUUGAUCGUCGUCAUUAGGACGACGAAAAUGUCUGAUUGAUCGUGCAUUACAACUGUCACCGCCCAAUGGUUAACAAUAACAGGCUACGUACGGUGCCCAAUGUACUUUUUUCACUGUUGUCAUCCAAAGUCGUUGAACAAUUCAACGAAAAUUUAUCCCAAGUACUGCUUAUUGAACUAUACUAUAGUUUGUUUUGAAAGUUGCGGGUCGUUUUCAAUAAAAUUAUUUGGUUUGGCCCCUGUUACAGCAGCGGUGAAAAACAAUUUAGCCGGAAAUCUUCUGCACGACAACAGCGCCCCUUCUUGCGCGCAUUCACAGGGAGGAUAACGGUAAAAUAGCGGCCAGUGUUCGAAUCAGUUCGAAGCAGCCGGGGCCAUUGGCCGCGGUGGGGGGCGGUGGUGGAUGUUGUUGGAAUGGUUGGACGGCCAUUAAGAGAUCCGGUGCCGAAUAGCUCCAUCGGCAUGUUGGCGCCAGCUUCUCGGUGAUUCUCGAUCUGAUCAUGAUGCUGGUGAUGGCGACAACGGUUUUAAGCGGAAGUGUGUUGACUACCUACGGACCCAGUCGGAAGCUGGAGCUUCCGACGAGUUGCUACGACCAUUGCGGCAACGACCGGAUCACUGGAUGCUACGACUAUCCUACUGGUCUUGCCGCUGCUAGUGAUUCUAUGGCCGCCGUAACGCGCCUCAGCAGCAAAAAUAAUCGUGUCCUCGUUUGACCGCGACGACGACAAGCGCAACAUCAACACCAAGUUAGUGUCGAUCGGUGGAUGGGUGACGAUUGCGGAUAAUAGCAGCAAAUAGAAUUUUCGACAACUAAUGGCAGUCCUAAAGGCAAUGAUAGCCUGUGAUGUCUUGGUUUCGUGAUGUCUUUUCGUCAUCGCUAUUAUUGUCUUUACAUGCUUAUCCAUCGACCCUGCUAGGAAAACACUAAGAAAAAAGAUCAUGAUGGCGAUUACUGUGCCUAUGGUGGCAGGAUUUGCCAUCUACAUUUUUCAACUGCGAGAAUAAAAUGCAGGUUUAUGUAUAGCCGUUUAGCAGUGCUCUGCUAGAAGUUCAGUACCUACUUUAGGUCACUGGAAAGGAAGCAGCACUGUACUAAAGAGCGUAUGCGGCAUUUUAUAACACCAAUUGCGCUAAUACUGUUUGUUUUUCGCUUUUUGCACAUACAUACAUACAUACAUAUAUAUAACGCCGACGAUGACGUUCCAUUUUUCGAGCUGAUGUCAGUCAGUCAGUCAGUGAGGCUAGGCGAUUCUUGUCGUCGUUUCAUCCCAGUAUUCUUAUCGUUAUUAUUGAAGCACACGUUUGCAAAUUAGCGGGGAAAAUGGACUGUGGGUUUGGGGCGGGCCGUGAGGGGAAUGACGAGUUGCCGUUGCAGCGGUCCCCAUCAUCGUUGGCUACGGUAACAGCAGCAGCAGCAGCAACAAACUGAUAAAAAUCCUUUUACCGGUGUCGUGUUCUUCAACCAGAUUCGGCUGGUGAGGGUUCUUGUUCGAUAUCUGCCUCCCUGGCAUCGUCUGGAUGUUGCUUGUCAUCAUUGUCAUUCGUCGUGAUCGCAAUGGCUAAAUUGUAGUAGAAGUUCUUGCAGCGGCCUGUUGACUGCUGUAGUUUCUCUUUCAACGCUAAUACUGCUGUUACUUUAAACAUUACCACCACCAUCACUAUCCCCAGCAGCAGCAGCAGCAGCAGCAGCGGCGGCGGCGGCGGCGGCAGCAGAGGGCCAACAAGAAUCGUUGCUGCCGCCGAAGCGAUCAUAACAGCCAUAAAGAGCGCGAACCAUCCCCAGCUGGGGCUGCCCGACGAGACGCAAGCCCGACGUAACAACAACGGCAGCAGCGGUGGUUGUUUGACUCUCGUAGCGGUUAGAAGCAAUAGCAGCGUCGGCCACCAUUACCGCCGCCGCCACCGUCGUCGUUGACACUUUGUUAGCCCUUACGGUUGUUUGCUGCGUUGGUUUGUUGACUUGCUCUCUAUGGACCGCCUCGCGACUGCCUGAUUACCGCUGGAUACCAGCUACGCAGCUAGCCGACUUGGACGGAUGGAUGAAUCGCUACUGCUGCUGCUUCUUGCUCGUUUGUUUGCCUUGUUCGUCGCUCGCUGGGCCGUUCGAAUGAAUGACCCAGUUACGCGCCCGGCGCAUUCAGGCGAGCAAAGCCACUAGUGGGUCAGGGUUAGUUCGAAGUGAACGAGCAGUUUCGGCGAUGGACGGCGUUCGCGGCUCCGGUGGUAACGCUGACUGUGGCGGUGGCAUCGGCAACAGUGAAGGUAGCAGCGCUAUUUGUGACGCUGGUGAUAGUAUCGAGUGUUCAUCACUAACGCCACCAUCAAUACUUCAUCGUCAUCAGUAACAGCAACGACAGCCUGAUGCUGUCUUUACUAUCGCCGCUGCUGUGCAUCGGCCAACAAGAAAAAAUCAUCGAUAUUAAGUAUAGUGACAGAAGCGUCCGAGGUAUAAAAGGUCUUUGCUCCCGCGACGCUGCUGUUGUUUCUGCUAUUGCUCUUAAUAAUUAUUUUCUCCAGCUGCUAUGGCGAAUUCGGAAUAGAUAUUAUUGAGUCGAACUAUCGCAUUAAUCUAACAGCAUUAGAUUAUGUCGAGGCGUGUUACCUCAGGAAGAGCACUUAGACAAUGAAAUCAAUAGAGAUCUGAUGAAUUUUAUGCAAUUAGCCGUGGAAAUAGCUCAGACAGUAGUUCGUGUUUAGAGCAGGACAUGAUCUUAUCGUUCGUUAUAGCUGUUCUGUAUAUUUCGACUGGUAGGCGUAACGCCUUGCCAAGUCGCUUGCGCAGUAUUGCCCCUUCGGGGUUUCCCUACGGUAGCUGCGCACCGAGCGCUGUUUACUGCGUGUUUUACCACAACCUGCUAAAGCAGCAAUGGCGGUAAUGAUGGGACUACUGACGAAAUAUGUUUACUGUUUAUCACAAAUCGGACAAAGCCUAACAGAGAAAAACAUUAUUAUAUAACAAAUGUGUAAAUAAACGUUGGGCCUUUAGUUGUCACUGCUACAACAACAACACACAUGCUAAAAUGCGCCUGUGCAACAACUUCGUAUUACAGUUGCUUUUAUGGCUACUUUUAAUAUUAAAUUCUGCUCUUGUCUGCUACGUAUUAUUAGUGCGGUAAACACUUUUAUAGAAGUUUAUGCGACAAGAUAGUCGCUACCGCUGUCAACUACCCCUCGCCGAUAAUCACUACCAAUGGGAUAAACAAUGAUGUUAGUCGUAACGACAGCACAUAUAUUUAGCAGUUUUUAGAGAAGAUUUUUUAGAAGAGAAACGGUAAUUAUAAAUAAAUAUAAUAUCAUCUGUCGAGGACGUGAUAGUAGCAACUCUGCUAGCAAAACAUUACGAUCAGCAAAGCGAACUGUCAGGAAGAGGGUCGCUUCGUAGAUUAGUUGUAGCAGCAGCAUCAUUACAUCAGUCACGAUCAGCGUCACCAUCGACGACGACGACAAUGAACCUGUUCAGUGACGGUCGAAACGGCAGCUGCCUCUGGUACCUUCCUACGCCUGUAGCUAUGCGCCGAAACGAUCCGACGGUCGGAGAAAGCAACCAACCAAUCAAGUUGGCAAGCAGCGUGUAAAGUUGACUCUUGCUUGCCUUGAACGAUGAGGGUCCAUAGGGCAAAAAGCAGGAACCCUUGGACCCUCCAGCGUUCUAGAGAUCUAUUACGCCACCUGCACAUACACACACGUUUACGGACCGGCCGUCGCUGAGCUAAUCGCUCUGCAGUGUAUGAAGAAGCAAAGAAUGAAAAUGAGUGAGCUGACAAGACGCAAGUAUCAACAACGAGAAAGACGACCCAACAAUGCACAAACUGAGCGAAACGGACAACCCCUUCCCUUCACCCCUCCGGAGUGAAGACUUUCAUAUAUCGAGUAAAAUAUGAGGGACGACGAAAAACUACGAAAAUUGUCAUGCUGUCUGUCCAGGCCGUGCUUAUAUCACUGCAUACGGUAAAGUGUUUCUCGUCCGGAAGAUUGCUGGUCACGACAACGGCAAAUUGUAUGCAAUGAAAGUGCUCAAGAAGGCCUCAAUUGUUCAGAAGCAGAAAACCCUGGAACACACAAAAACAGAGCGACAAGUACUUGAGGCGAUCCGGCAGAGUCCAUUCCUCGUCAACCUUCACUACGCCUUCCAGACGAAAACCAAACUGCAUCUUAUACUCGAUUUCAUCAGUGGCGGUGAAUUGUUCACGCACCUGUAUCAGCGAGACCAUUUCGAGGAAGCUCACGUAAAGUUUUACAUUGGUGAGAUCAUUGUCGCGCUCGAACAGCUGCACAAGCUGGGCAUUAUCUAUCGAGACAUCAAACUUGAGAAUAUUCUUCUUGACGCCGAAGGUCACAUCGUCUUGACAGACUUUGGUCUAAGCAAGGAGUUUGUCUGUGACAACAGCAGCGAACAGCAACGGACAUUUUCGUUUUGUGGCACAAUCGAGUACAUGGCGCCCGAAGUCGUAAAGGCGAGUACGACAGGCCAUGACUACUGCGCCGACUGGUGGUCAGUCGGAGUGCUCACGUACGAAUUGCUCACAGGAGCCUCCCCGUUCACCGUCGAAGGUGAAAAAAACAACCAGGCUGAGAUCUCAAAGCGUAUUUUGCGCAACCAGCCUCCAAUGCCUUCAACGAUUUCGAGUGAGGCACGUGAUUUUAUUGAGAAGCUGCUCAUUAAAGACCCCACUAAGCGGCUUGGAGGUGGUAGCGGUGGGGCUGAAGAACUCAAAGCGCAUCGUUUCUUCCGUGGAAUCAACUGGAUCGCCCUUGCUAACAAGCAAAUAUCGGCUCCAUUUGUACCGAAGAUUACCAAUGAGUUGGACGUCAGCAACUUUUCAGAAGAGUUUACAUCGAUGAUUCCAGCCGAUUCGCCGGCUGUUGUACCCAACUACUCGGAAUCUGAUACGGGGGAUCUGUUCAAAGGGUAUUCGUACGUUGCGCCGUCAGUACUAUUUUCGGCCAAUGCACUCUCAAAAGAUCUCAUGAUCAGCGAAGCUCAGGGUGAUGCCCGGCCCGGUCUCAAUCAGCUUAUUGCUGCGCGAUUUAAGAACUCAACCUUUUUCCGUGACUACGACCUACUGGUUGAAGAGAGCGGUUUCCUGGGCGAUGGUUCCUUUUCGGUGUGUCGAAAAUGCGUCCAUAAGGAGACAGGAAUACAGCGCGCAGUCAAAAUCGUAAGCCGUCGACUGGACACCAGCCGCGAAGUGCAAUUGCUCCGAAUGUGCCAAGGUCAUUCGAAUAUAGUUGAACUCGUACAAGUAUACGACGACGAAUAUCACACCUACAUUGUCACCGAGCUACUUAGUGGCGGUGAGCUGUUCCAAAUGAUCAGUCGGAAAUCAAGCUUCACGGAAAACGAAGCACGCAAGAUCUUCAAACGCUUAGUGUCAGCCGUCAAUUUUAUGCAUAAGAGGAGCAUUGUACAUCGCGAUCUCAAGCCGGAAAACCUUCUGUUUACAGCCGACAAAUCAACGAUUAAAGUCGUUGACUUCGGCUUCGCUCGACUAAAACCAGCGGAAGAAUUGAUGAAGACCCCCUGCUUCACAGUGAGUUAUGCAGCGCCGGAGGUCCUUAACCAAGCUCAAGACAAAACUGCACAAGGGUACAAUGAGCAAUGCGAUUUAUGGAGUCUCGGCGUCAUCCUGUAUGCGAUGCUGUCUGGUCGAAGUCCGUUCCACAGUCCGAGUCGAGAUGCUUCUGCCGCUGCAAUCAUGAAGCGGAUUACUGCUGGCGAUUUCACGAUAAAUUCAUCUCAAUGGGACGUUGUGUCAGCCGAUGCCAAGCAGAUUGUGCAGGGCCUUCUGACCGUGGACCCUCAACAGAGGCUGACCAUGUCGGAGCUGCGUGCCCAUUCCUGGCUUCAUCAUCCCAACAAGAAAAACUUACGGACGCCAUUAGCUACACCGGAAGUCCUGCAUAGCGAUCAGCGGCAGCAUUUGAUGGGCACUCAGAAGGCGUCGAUGGCUGCAUCGAAAACGGGAACCCCAGAUGUUUUGGCUGCAACCUCAAAUUCGGCAGAUGCUCUCGCUAGUGCAGGAACGAGUGGAUUCCGUGCUACCUUUGAUGCAUUCCAUCUAGCCACCCGAGGUGGGUUCCGUCUCGCCGAAGUCGGGUCUGCCUCACUGGCCCAACGGCGCCUUCAGAAAAAGUCGGCCGGUUCAAGGUCGACCUCCACAUCAACGUCGUCUUCAAGCUGUGUUUCAGGUUCAGCGUCUAGUCGUCCGUCGAAUGCCAGCCCAUCGACGCGUCAUGUCUCGUCAUCGUCAUCAGGCAUGCCACCUUCAUGUUCGUCGGCGUCGUCAGCGCCGUCGGUGUUCACGUUCCCCGAGACAAAGGUCGCAGCGUAUUUGCAGACGCUUAGCCCGUCCGCCAGCCCCGAACCUGCAGGACCACCCCGAUACGAGCCUGAACCCAUUCAGAGCCCUGGGUCGGAUUCGAGCUCAUCAAACGCACUCAUCAAGGCCGAAUUUACCGUUAUCCAGACAGAGCCGCUUAAGUUCAAAUUUGAGCUGCUUAAUGGCAACGGGUCAAGCGAGCCGCUUGAAGGGUUGGCUGUAGCUGCUACGUCGACAAAAAUGCUUAGUCUGGGUGGGGAGCACAAAAUGAUAACUCGACGACGGAAAAAGAAGGCGGAUGAAGAGCUCUUUCAGGCAAAGCGACUAAAAGUAUGACCCAACGAGGUAACGCUUGACCUGUUGGCGAUAAGCGAAGGUGUGGACGAGAAGUGAGUAGAACAUCUGGAAUUGUGCCUACCUUUUACUUAAACUGAGGUCGUCCACUGAACAUAAUGUAUAUAACGCAACGUACCGAUACAGCCGAUAUCUCUUAGACAAUCUACGGGCCAUACUAGGAAUCGUAGCAAUCGCUCGAGCUCGUCGUAGGCAAGAACAAAACGGUGGACGAAGUUUUUUUAAUAGUGUCGUUGUUGUCUCAUUUGUUGUCAGAGAGGUAGAUGUAAAACUGUACAUUGCAAAAAGGGCCCUAUGCUGUCAUCGCUGAAUACGAUUGGCAUCGUGACUGCAGAUAGAACGCAUACGUAACAUUUGUAAGUGAAUAUACACAGAGCACAUGAACAUACACACCCGCAGAAGUUCGACAUUAACAGUGUUACAUUACAAUCAAGUACUUUACGAACGGUGUACUGCUGCCUGUAUAGGUUUUACGCGUACGUUUACGUCUAAUGUUAAUGACUACACAAUGAAAAGGUAAUAAUAUUAAUAUAAUAAUUAAAAUCUUAUAACAAUAAUUGUCUAGGCUAAUUUUGCACCUGUGCCACGUUGCGACGGACCGCAUGUGCUACUAGAAUUUUUGAAUUAGGACAAAGGGUCUACUUGCCCCUUCUAUAUGCCCUUUUAGCUCUUCCUCGUCAAAAGCAGCCCGCGUCCGAUUGAAAUAAAUUACCGGUCCUUAAAGUGUUACUACUUAAUUAAUUCUAAUUGAAGUGAAGAUGUUAGAUUUUGGUUAUGGUAAAUGGUUCUAUUCGGCAAAAGACUAUCGUGCUAACGAACACAAAAGGUGUAGAAAAAUAAGCGUUAAUGGGAGGAUACCAUAAACGCACCGUAAAAACCAAAACAUUUUUCUUGAUCCUCUUCCUAGACGAGGGGCGCGCUAUUGAAAAUGAUAAUAAUGCUGGUGGUGGCUCAUUGAAAUCCAGUAGUCGUCGUCGUCGUCGUCGUCGUCGUCGUCGUCGUCGUCGUCGUCGUCGUCGUCGUCGUCGUCGUAUGUGAAGAGCGCGAACCAGCGUACGUGAUCGAACGUGAUAUAAAUGUUCUGUGUGAUAUAGUAGCACUGAUGAAGAGGAUGGAAGUCGGAGCCGUCAGUGCACGCGUUCACGACAAGCUGUGUGUGAAUGCGAUAGGGGACCGAAAAAGUAUUUUGCUGUUAUAGUUGUAAAAAUGAUAGUCUAACAAUCAGUGAAACGUAACGAACUCAAUUUGUGUCGCCUGUAUGCCUGAACGCCACCACGAACAAGUCGGCUGUUGCUGCCGCUGCUAACUUCUUAUGGGUCGUCGUUAUGGCUGUUGUUGAUCUUGUUCUUGCCGAUGACGACGACGACGGGAGAUUAGUGACGGUCAAAGCUGGGGGUCUAGUUUUAACAUAAGCUGUGUCGCCGCUAUGUCACGCCACUGUUGUUUAGAUGAAUGUGUUUCCUUAUACUUGUAUUGCUACUCUUUGUAUUAGUAUUUGCUUCCUAUAGCACAUGUGCUGAUGAAAAUGACCGACAGUUGGUUGGAGGACGAGGCGCCUGCGCUGUGAUACACACAUACAUCUAGAGAUGCAAUGAAAGCUAAUCUAUCAAAUGUCGAAGCGAAAUUAAGGGGGCAAAGCGAACUGUUGACAUGGCAAAAGUCAGCCAUAAGCUACGAAGAGAUACGAGUGCAUUCGACAGACGAACACUAAACAGAAAGUUUAAAGAACAAACAAUGAACGCGUCGACGAGAAUGUCACGGCUUAGUGAAAAACUCGUUACACUGUGUUUGUUAUAAUUUAUAUAUAAAAUAAAAAAAAACAUAACUAAAUUAUUGCUAAUUGCUAACCUAUAAUGAGUGAACCCACUUUUUUCAUUAUAAAGUAGCUUGAUUGGCAUUCAUUGCUGCUAGAUCACUGAGGCUCAAUCGGGUAAUUCAAUCACGCCAUCUACGUCCACGGGCGAAGCAGUGCGUGUAGACCUUGUCGAGCGCUUUCUGUAGUAUCGCCUUCAAAGAGCCAUCACUCGAUUUCCGUGUUCUUUAGCCAUCGUCAUUCUUAUCUAACGGCGUAUGCUAAUUUGAGUAACGUCUCGAUACUGACAUAGUUGGCGGACGGUUAUGCGCUUCCCUGCGGCGCUAAUGUCUUGUUUAGCUUAACUUCCUCCACAGCCAGCAGGGAGUACAGCGUACAAGCGAACACGAACAUCUGUCACUGCAAUGAUAUCGUGCAAUAUUUUCCUGCUUAAAUGCAUUCGUAUACAUACGCACUAGAGAGGAUAUACAUUAGACACAGUUUAUUAUCAAAUACAAUGGUCAACAUCCAAAUGCCAACCAUAAAUCACCGCUCUCUCUGUCUCUCCAGCCGAGAUGGAUCAAUUGCUGUCCACUAACUUAAUAGUCGGAUCAAUUGUCUCAAAUGACGGUUAUUUCUGGACCAAAUCUUAUUGUAAAGCUGAAAAGUACGUGCACUAACCUAAAAGGGAUGAAAACGCCAACCACCACAUUGCAAGGGUGAAAUUUGCUAGGUUAGUAAUUGCGAAGAAAUAGUUAAAGUAGCUCUUUCCGCCGGCCACUAGUUGACACGAUACGUAUAAAUUUCAUAUGAUUAUAUUCAAAUCAAUAUAAAUAUAGCAAAUGACUGUAUCUAGUAGUUUGUUAGGAUUAACAGCAAUAGGCCUUAACAUGGACACGAUUAGCGUAGUCUCCGUGUCAAGCCGAGCAAAUUUUUCACGAGUUCAUUUGUAGCCUAUCCAUCCAAUAUGAUAAUUAUCUUAACAGUUAACAAGUCACUAGUUUUAUAUUUGAGGAGGCAGCGUCUGUGUCCACAGCCCCGGACUGAGUUACGGCUGUUACACCGACUUGUGUAGAACAAACAGAAAAUAUAGAAUAGAGAGAGAAAACUCUAAGAUCGUUGACUAAUUACCAGGUGUAUUGUACAAUAAUAAUUGUAACAAUUGCGUAACGCAAUUACAUAGAUGCAAGGAUAUUUGCCGGGAACUGACGAGCGCAACAGUUGGCCACCUUUGAAUACCGUUGCGAAUGGCUACAAUAUCGCAAUGAGAAAUAAUGCUGCCCCUGCCUCCACAAGCACGACCUUUGACUCAUCUUCCAACACGAGUUCUUUAGCCUAUAGCGGCGAAGACGAUGGUGCUACUUGUUACUCUCUGUUGUUUCGUAAGCGCGCAUGCUGAUACUAUUCUGCCAUCCGCAAAGACGCACACACCUGCCUGUUUAUCACAUGUUUACCCCAGUCCCCCUUUUCUGUGCUCUAAGUUGCGUGUAACAAAAGGCAGGAAAAAGCCUAGGUAUAAUUCGAAAGCAAUGUUCGUUGUGGUAAUGAUGCUCGUGGGUGAGGUUCGCACGUGGUGUUGCAUAUGAAAGAUGAUGAUGAUAAUAGUGAUGGUCGACAGGCAAAAAACCUUGUUACUAACCUACUUUUUUUCCUCAUGUGAGACGUCGACAAGGACUGGAAUAGCGAUAUCGGACGAGGAAGCAGAGUGAGUUAUAAACACUUGUUUGUGGAAGCAGCAGAGGCAGCGACGGCGCCAACAAUGAUAUGGUAAUAAAGGUGCUAUUUCUCGAGCAAUUUCAAAGAUCGAACGCUGCAAUCGAGUAAACGCAACAUAUUUGUUGAACUAACGCCUUGAUGACACAGAUGACGAAUGCGCGACGCGUGAUAGGAUAAAAUUAUUAGGAUCAACGGUAAUCGGUUAUUGCGGCGAUGAUGACGUGCUAGCGGUAAUCGGUUAACGUUAUUGCUGGUGUGCUUGUCAUUCCUGUCUUGCAGGGUGUUGAUAAAGAAAAGAGAAAAAUUAACACCUGUUGGCUUCAUAGCGUACACGGAGAACAGACAGAGCCAUUUGUAAGGAUUACUCAUAAUGGAGAAAUCACGUAAUCACCAUGUUAGUUAUGAUGCUGGUCUCAAUGCCCUAAUAAUGGAAUUGAUCGUCUGCCGCACAAUCGACACCACGUAUAGACACAAUGUGCUACAGAUGUAUACGUGCACUUAAAAACGUCAAUACAUGUUUCAGUACAGAAAAGAAUGGACGGUCUGUGAUGGAGGUUGUUUCUCGCAAGAUCGAAACAAAAGGCGCAUUUCGCUUGAUGAGCUUGCGAACUGUUGUUUUAUUAUGAUAGAAACAAGACUUCAACCGAUCGCAUAUGAUCUAAUAAAAGCAUGAAAAUAUUAGUGACAAUUGUAAUUUAUGUGUAUAUUUGUGAUGAUAAGUCGACAUUACAGAAUAACAAUGAUAACAACUAGAUGUGUUGUUAAAAUGUUAUGGAAAACGCUGAUCCAGCGCCCUGCGUUGUUCGUGCAACAGUUUCUUAACGAUUUGAAAAAGCACCUACAAUGAAAAUAACCAAGUGAUCUAUCUGUACACAUACUGUUGACCAAAUUAACCGGGCCUUGCGCAUUAUCAUUAUUACUAUCGACAAUCGUUAUCUAUUCUAUAUACUGCAUUGGAUGUAAGGCUUUUUGCUUGCCUUUGUUCGUUCGUCAUGUUGAUAGAAUCCCUUUCUCUACCUAAUUCUUGCUAGCGCUCGCUUGCGAAUGAAAAUCAGAAAAGGGACAAAAUGUUUUUAUUCCGAAUCGAAAGAAAGAUAAAACAAAGAUGGCAAAUCGGCAAAAGUGUCACCGAAAUGUAAGCUAUGGUGCAACAAUAAUCGAUGUAUUUGAGCACGGUAUGUUUUGUUUGAAGAAGCCGCAAACAAUCGUAAUGAGAUCUACGUUUGAGAGUAUAACAGGAUGGCUACAAGAGAUCGAUAGCAUCAGCCUGUAAGGAAAACACCCUUGAUGAGCGGAAGAAACACAAAGACGGUUCAUUUAUAGGUAUCACCCGACAACGACAAACGAAAACUUGGAGAUGGUCUAAUCAUGAACAUUUGAAUUGAAGUUGGCGACCUAACUGAUCGGAAGCUGUGAAACAAUUUUCAUGUAAACGCAUAAAGACUAGAAAACAGAAAAGCUGGAAUUGGCUUGUACAGCUUAAUCAUAUUGAUUAUUAAUAUUUUGUAACCUAUUAUAAGAACAUGCUCACAACAUUUACCACGCUAACAUAUAACGAGAAUGAUCAUAUCUAAUACUAACAACAAAUUAACUACAAGAGACCGUAAUAAGGGCAGCAGCAGCAAACAUGAUCACAAUUGUAACAACGAUGACAAAUUUGACGAGAGUUAACGCAUUAUAUUUUCCGUAUAUGUAUAUGUUAAAUUAAGAUGUUAUGUAUAUUAAAGUUAGAGAGCGGCAUGAGAAAGAGAAAGAGACAUUAUACAGUUACAGAAAAAUAUUAUCAUUAAAUUAACUAAAAUGGAUAACGUCAUCCUCAUCUCCUCAAUACUAGCAUGAACUACUAUUCGAUACUACUGCUUCAUUAAUGAUAUGAAUAAACUCUCAUCGACGUGACGUCCCCGAUUCUUCGAAUUAAUAAUAAUCUUUCUGGCACGAAUAUGUAUUUUCUAUCCACUAAGCGAAAUCCUGCGAGCUCAAGGGACACUUGCUCUUUCUCCUUCUCUCAUUCAUUUUUCCCUAUUCGUAUUGUACUAUACAUAUAAAUAUAUUCUAUACAUAAUACAUAAUUAGGCGUCGUUCGAAUAUUGUUGCGCGUUGAAGGAUGAUGGUGUUCAUGCUAAAACAGCAACAAUGACUGUUAAGUAAGUAGUUAAGAGCAAACUAUUAAUGAGGAAUGGAAAAUGUGAAAUCUAUAGGGGUGACGAGUAUAAAAACAUCCGAGUGUUUGUUUCAAUACAUUACAGCAUA